AUGGACGGAAACACUGGUGCAAACAACCCCACAGACAAGGCUGACAUCGACAGGGGGGCGGAGAAACGUCAGGAGAAAGACGAGGCCGAAGAGGUCAUAGCCCUUGAAGUGCUACCAACACGGAUUCAGUUCAAAGAUUCCCUUCCCAGUCGGUCUUCCAGAGAGUUUACGGAACGCGGCCGAAGCAUCAGCAAAGGACGCAGCCCCAGCCCGCCCCGUAUCAACCUUGGCGCUGGAUUUGCAGAGUAUAGGGGUGAUGUGGGCGGCCAUGGCUACGAUGAGACCGAGGUAGAUAUCAUUGCCGUUCCCUGUCCUGGGGCGGAUCCGAUCCAGACAUGGAUCUACGACAGCGAUUCCAGCAGUGCCGAAUCCAACUAUCAUGUCGAGGUUGGAUCGCACAUCACCCGCAGCAACCAGAGCACCCGCAGCUCCCAGAGUUCUCUUCGCAGGUCAAGCCCAUGGGUCACUUUGAGGCUGCGGGAGCGCGUCAACAUUGCUCGGGUAUUCUUGUAUAGGCACCGGCAUCUUGAGGAGGGAAUGAAUUUGAAGUCGUUGGCGAAUGAUCUCCUUGAGCAAGUGCAGGACAUUCGCAAGGGCUCUGUAAGUGCAUGCAUCUUUCUGUCUCGUUUCUGCCGUUCUCGGCCCCUGUUUUUCAUUGCGCAUAGCAUUGGCGGGCUGGUCGUCAAGAGUGCCUUGGUGAGAGCUAGCCAGAAAACAAAGUACCAGGAUAUAAUGGACGACUGUCAUGGUGUCACGUUCUUUGCAACAGGAACACCACAUCGCGGCUCAAGCUACAUGUCGAUGCCCAACCUCAAGGACUCUAUUCAAGACCUUCUCCAGCUUGAAUCGCCACUCCCCAGGUCCCUUACAGAUGAAAUCCUCGUCAAUAAUCCGAAGCUAAAACAGCUGCACGAGCAAUUCGUGGACAUUGCCAGCGAGCUCCGUCUUUGGUCCUUCUACGAGACUCGGGAGUGUUUGCUUUCCGGAUCUGGUGCCCAGUUCACAAACGAAGUACAGUUUACUGCCCCUUUGGUUUCGGUGAAAUCUGCUAUACUCGAAAUCUGGCAAGAAGAUAUCUUUGGCGUCGAAAGUGACCACGCGCAUCUCGCCGCUUUUGGUCCCGAUAAUGAGGAGAUUUUGCAUUCAUAUCUUGGGGACUUGGCAGGCGCCGUCCUGAAAGCGGCAGAGCUUAGCCGGGAUCAUGUUCACCACCCACUAUACCUCAAGAGCCAUGUCCAAGUCGAAGUCAUUGGGUUCUAUGAGGAUCCAGAUGGCUGGAUGGCUGCCACACAGCAGUAUGCUGGUCAAGGGUCGGACGCGAGUGCCGAAUCGGGCUCUAUCAUACGCUUGUAUGCCACCAAAUACCCCUACAAGGACUUCUUGAAGAAAGGCCCAGAGAAGUGCCUGUCUGAACGGUUACAUGAUCGAUCGCAAAGGAAGAGGAGAAGAGUACGAAGCCCGAAUCGGGCUGGCGGGCGGACAGACUUGCGGCCACCUCAGUUGCCUCAGGAAACUACAGCUGAUGCCAACGUCCUCGGUAUCACGCAGGGCCAGCUCGAUGUUGGACAUCAGGCUGGUGCUGGGAUCGGCCCAGAAAUCAUCAUCAGUGGAGGUUCACCUGUCGCUCUCGAAAGACCGGCUCUGUUGAGGGUUCCAGCUCAAACUAUGCCUGAGCUACGGCCUCCAAGCCCCGAGAGCUUGGCCAGUGUAUCAACCACGGCGUCGGACCCGUUGUUCAUUCAAGGGAAGGACUUUGCAGGAGAUGGGCCCUUGACCGUGGAUUUGCUGGCCAGGCAACAAGCAGAAAUUAUGCUCAAGGAGCAUGAACUCGGGGCGUCUGCUGGCUUUUCCCGGCCGAAUCCCCAACUCAAAAAGUUCACGUGGAUUCAUAUGCCUUUCAACAACCCGGUCUGGGUUAAGGAGAUCUUUAAUGUUCUUUCCGACAUUCAAGGGCACGAUUUUUCCAAGCUUUUUGACUAUGACAACUGGCAAUCGAAGCACAUUCAGAACCGCCAUUCCGAAUCUCAGCCAGCAUUCCUCAAACCAACUUGCAAGUACCUGACCAAUACAGGCAUAACCUCGCCACGCCCUACCCCUCUUGUUGGACCAUCUUCAUCGUUCUUGACACCGAACUGCCUGUUUGUCUACAUGCCAUACCUUCAUUUUGACACCUACCGAAGCAUGAUCAGGCGCCGGAAGAUCAUCAGAGAGCGUCGGGAGCGUGGCAGGGCGAAACCUGUUCCGAAGCAUGUGGCUGAUGAGGACUCCCUUGAGCUCAAGAUGAUCUGGGAGUACAUUGGCUUCGAUCCUCCUCUCAACUGUCGUAGGACCUUGGACCAGUUCGGCCACCAUUCCCUCAGAGACACCAACUCCCGCGAUGAUGACCAAAUGCUGUACAAGCUCACCAAAAAGGAUGCCUUCUCCCUGACGAAACAGCUCAAUGGUGUUGCCACCAAGUCCCAGGUUGGGCCGGUUGGAAGCUCGAUGUAUUCAAACAAAGGUUCCAAUGGGAGCAACGCCGGCUCCCACAAUGACGACGAUGAAUACGAGGAAGAAACCGAGGCCGAGCUUCGAGACGGUUACGUACUGAUGGUUGACCAGCUCUGGCUCUGGUCCAUUGACAAGACCACCCUCACCACCUUCUUCCCUCGCCGGUACUCGACCCCAACAGAGGGCACCCUGUUUCACCAGGCCGACCUACGGAACAGCGUAUACAACGAGCUCAACGGUGACCUCACCGGCCGUACCGAAAACGCUCUCGACCUGGCUGCUUUGAUAGUCUACCACGCUGUCAUCGUCUUCCUCGACCGUUCCACCCACCCAGACCUGGAGAUCUUCCGUCUCUUUGACGAAGCCAUUGGCAUGUUGGCCGAAAGGAUGACGCUUAAUAUGAAACAAUUCCGGCUCCAAUCUCUCAGCAUGGACGAUGACGAAGACGACGAGGACACCGACUACUCUGACUGGGAAGGGGAGAGCCCAGCCUCGAUCAAAAAACGGCACAGAAAAGAGCUUGAAAGGUCCGAGAGGGAAAACAGAGAGAACACGUCUGCUCUACUCGAACUGGCAGAUCUCAAGGAUGAAUUAACGGUACUGCAGACCCUGUUUAAGAACCAGGAGUCAACCGUCAAGCAAAUGAAGGAUUUCUACGAGAUCCAUUGCAAGGAGACAAGGAAGAAUUGGCAGGAGCCGCUGGAUGAUGCGUUGGAGUAUUUGGACGAUUUUAAGGGGACGGUGAAUGAGAUGAUUGAAAGGGUUAAUACGACGAGGAAUGAUUAUGAAAAAAUGCUCGAAAUGGUCCAACGCCAAGCCCAAGUCGACGAGGUCCGCUGGUCACGCCUCCAAGCCGAGCUCGCCUCGUCCCAAAACCUCUCGGUCAUGAUCUUCACCACCUUCACCGUCAUCUUCCUCCCGCUCACCUUUUUUACCGGACUAUUCGGUAUGAACGUUACCAACUGGCAAGAAGAACACAUGCCCGACCUCGAGCAAGUCGGCUGGAUCUCCCUGCCUACCUCGAUCCUCCUAAUCAUUUUUUCGCUGGUUGCAGCAUUCAGCUGGAGAGUCCAGAGAGGGUUCAAGGGGAUAUACAAGAUUAUAAGGGGGGGCUAUAAGAAGGUUAAAAAGGGGUAUACCCAGAAGCUGGAGCCGAUGUGGAGGAAGGAGAAGAAACGGAGGAGGAGACAGGAGAAGAAGAGGAAAUAUGUGGAGAAGCAAACCGCGUGGGAUAAGGAUGGGAUGUAUGAUUUUUGGGACAAGGUGAAGGAGAAUCAGAGGAAGAUUAGGUAUCAGAUUCCGGAGCAGAAUAGGAGGACGUUGAGGGGGUGA